UUGCGGCUCGUUUUGUGUUUGCCAGAUCAGCCAGACAACGAUCGUUCAAUGAGCUGACUGCUCUGUCUCUGCUGCUCGUCUUCAAGUAUGGAGACUUGUUUUCUGAUCGUCGCGUUUCUCUUCGCUUUCAGUCUUUCCAAUGGAGAAAGGACGCUGAAGUUUGUCACUGUGCUUUAUCGUCAUGGGGACAGAUCUCCAAUCAAGGCCUAUCCAACUGAUCCCUAUAAGGAGAGUGCCUGGCCCCAGGGUUUUGGACAGCUUUCUCAGGAGGGAAUGAAGCAGCACUUCGAGCUGGGUCAGUUUUUAAAGAAACGCUACACAGGAUUCCUGAGUGAGGACUAUGAGCGGCAUGAGAUGUUCAUCAGAAGUACAGAUGUUGACCGGACUUUAAUGAGUGCAGAAGCAAACCUGGCUGGCAUGUUCCCACCUAAUGGUUCUGAGGUGUUUAAUCCAGAUUUGAAAUGGCAACCAAUACCUGUUCACACUGUCCCUGUGAAUGAAGAGAUGCUGCUCUCAUUCCCUUUGGAUGAUUGUCCACGUUAUGCACAGUUAAUGAACGAGACUGAAAAAACAGACAUUUUUGUUAACAUGGCUGAAACCUACAAGGACUUCAUAGAGAUGGUGAGAAAUAAAACCGGACUGGAGAAAGCCAGCCUUGAGACUAUUUGGGGCGUGUAUGACACAUUGUUCUGUGAGGCAAAACAUGAGAAGCGACCACCUGACUGGGUUACCCCAAGUGUGAUGGAGACACUGAAGGUCUUGAAGAACUUUGGUUUUCAGAUUUUGUUUGGCGUCUACAAGAGAAAUGAGAAGUGCAGACUGCAGGGAGGCCUGCUGUUAGAUCAGAUCAUUAAGAAUCUCUCAAAUGCAGCACAACCAGACUCUAAACAAAAAGUAAAGAUGAUCAUGUACUCAGCGCAUGACACAACAGUUGUAGCCCUGCAGGAAGCUCUGAAUGUCUUUAAUGGCCUGCAGCCACCUUAUGCCUCAUGUCAUCUAAUUGAACUUUACCAGGAAGAGAACGGGACUUUUUCAGUGGAGAUGUUUUAUCGCAAUGACACUAAUGUGUCUGAGCCGUACCCUGUGUCUUUACCGAACUGUUCCCAGCGCUGCCCCCUACAGGACUUUGUGAACCUCACAAGUGAAGUCAUACCACAAGACAGGAAAAAAGAGUGUCAGAUAAAGAAGCAAACCACAGACACUGAGGUCGUCAUCGGGCUGGCUGUGUGUGGAUGUUUUCUCUUCUUCCUGGUACUACUGCUGUUUGUACUGCUAUGCCGUGUGAAAGAGCCCAUGGCUAGUUACAGUCAUGUCGUAAAUGAGAGUGACUCCUGACAAUCAUAUCGGCUCCUCCCCAAAGAGGAACUGUGGGACAUUGAGGAGGACCUAUGAGGACACUGUGGCACGUUGUUGAGAAACUCUUUUUAAGGCUUCUGAUAAGACAGUUAAAACCAGCAGUGCACUCUUUUUGGCCACACAUUUUUUUAUAUUAGGGAAGACUUGGUAAUGCUUUAUUACUUAUUUUUAAAUUGAAGUUUCUAAAAGAGAAAAGGGAAUCAAGAGUUGUGAUGGCAUUAAUAGCAUUAACGUAACACAGUGCCGUAACUGAGCAACUGUGACUUCUUGUGUGUCUUCAGCUCUGGGAUUUUAUUGUAACGGGAGAACUAAAACUUGAACUCUGAAUAUCUCUGAGAUGUGGACUACACUGAAGUUCCUUCAUAUGUAUGAGUCCUGUGUGAGAAACAAGGAUUGUUGGCGUCCUACUGUUUGUGCUUGUGAGCGCCUGAAGAUUUAGAAGGGGCAACAUAAGACUACUGAAUACACACUGAGGCCUUAUACUGCACUCAUGGAAUUUUACCUUUGUUUUAUGUGAUUAUCUCCUGAUUUACAGCCACAGAAGAGUUUUGAUUAGUCAAUUUCAGAAUAACAACAUGCUGAUAUGAACAGUCUUCUCAGGUUAAGCUCAAAUGAGCUUUUAUUGGAGUAAUUGUUUUAAUCUUGUGCAGUUUCCUUAAUGUUUUUGUCAUUCUACAUGAAUAAAAAUAAAACAAAUUAUUCAGUUUAUGUAUUAGAAAGAUGCUUUCAUGUCUCAAUACAGUAAAAAAAAAACAGUUCCAGUUGCAUCAUAUUCAAUACUAAAUUGUUAGACUGAUAAACAUGCCCAGUAAGAAUAAAAAAAUCAACAUUAA